GUUCCCUCGCCUUCCGCCUCCCUCUGAGGAAAAGUGAAGUCACUUCCCAAAUGCCAAAACUAGCAAAGCAGUGGCCUAAAUCGGUGCGGUUUACAUGGCUGAGGCUCCUCCACUUUUAUUUUUUAUUUUUAAAUCCCCUUCUACAGUUAGGCCAUCCGUCGCUGUAAUCUGCUCCAGAAAUCCUUGUUUUCGGGCAGAGUGCUCAAAAAGCUGCUGAAGCCAUCCGAAGCAGGUCUUUUCCUGUUCUUUGGAAAGAACAGCAAGGACAGAGGUCUUUCUAACGUUUUUAAGCGGACAGGGGAAAUGUUAAAGUUUUUACCACAAAGCAGGAUGGGUCACUGCCUUCUACGUUCCUGAUCUUAUCCUCCCUCAGACAUGAAUCAGGAUAUCAAAGGAGAUUGAUGUGGCAAGACAAGACUACAGACCUGAUAUGGAAGUCAAAACUUCGUUUAGCAAAGCCAGUAGAGUUCCUGAAACUGUAUCCACGUUAAUUAAUGAAGAAUUUGUCCUGGUUCAUCAGCAGUCGGAGGACUCUUCUGGAAAAGAUGAAAAACCUCAGCUGAAGGUAUUUUCGAAUGGUGAUGAACAGCUGGAGAAGGCAAUGGAAGAGAUACUGAGGGAUUCUGAAAAAGAGCAGAGCGACUGUACUGCUAACCAAGAGGACUGUGGUGGUGAUGCCUGCAGCCAGGUGGCUGGAGACAUGUCAGCAAGUCAGACAAGUCAGCCAUCCCUGCACCUUGUUUUAGAUCCUUCUGCUUCAGAAGUCUCUGCACCAAGGCCCUCUUCCCCUACUGAACCCCCAGAAGAGGACAGCGUAUUGUUUAACAAACUGACUUAUUUAGGUUGCAUGAAGGUGUCUGCCCCCCGAAACGAAUCGGAAGCAUUACAUGCAAUGGCAGCUAUGAAAUCCUCAAGCCAAGCCCCUUUAUCUGUGACGCUUUAUGUUCCAAAUAUUCCAGAAGGCUCUGUAAGGAUAAUAGAUCAAUCAAACAAUGUGGAGAUAGCCUCUUUUCCCAUCUACAAGGUAUUGUUUUGUGUACGUGGACAAAAUGGAAGUUCAGAGAAUGACUGUUUUGCAUUUACUGAAAGCAGCUGUGGAACAGAAGAGUUCCAGAUUCAUGUUUUCUCCUGUGAGAUUAAAGAGGCAGUCAGCAGAAUUUUAUAUAGUUUCUCAACAGCAUUCAAACGUUCUUCCAAACAAGCAUCUGAUCACGUUAAGGACUUUGUGCUUCCUACUCCAGAUAGCGAUGUGUACACUUUCAGUGUUUCCUUAGAGGUCAAGGAAGAUGAUGGAAAAGGAAAUUUUAGCCCUGUGCCAAAGGAUAGAGAGAAAUUUUAUUUCAAACUUAAACAGGGAAUUGAGAAGAAAGUGGUGAUUACGGUCCAGCAGCUCUCAAACAAAGAACUGGCUAUUGAAAGAUGCUUUGGCAUGCUGCUGAGCCCUGGACGAAAUGUGAAGAACAGUGACAUGUAUUUACUGGACAUGUUAUCUGUAGGAAAGAGUUCUGAUGGGAAGGCUUACGUGAUUACUGGAAUGUGGAAUCCUAAUGCGCCAACGUUUGUAGUACUUAAUGAGGAAACUCCUAAAGAUAAACGUGUAUUCAUGACUGUUGCAGUGGAUAUGGUUGUUACUGAAGUGGUAGAGCCGGUCCGCUUUUUGCUGGAGACUGUUGUGCGUGUGUAUCCUGCUAAUGAACGUUUCUGGUAUUUCAGCAGAAAAACCUUCACAGAAACUUUUUAUAUGAAGCUAAAACAGUCUGAAGGGAAAAGCCACACAAGUACUGGAGAUGCGAUUUAUGAAGUUGUCAGUCUACAAAGGGAGUCUGCCAGAGAGGAAGAAUUGGCCAGCCCAACAGGUGGAGGACCAAUAUCAUCCCAGGAGGAUGAGCCAGAAGAGGAGAGUGAUAACGAACUCUCCAGUGGCACUGGUGAUGUGUCUAAGGAUUGUCCGGAGAAGAUCUUGUAUUCCUGGGGAGAAUUACUGGGGAAAUGGCAUAGUAAUCUUGUUGUGAGACCGAAAGGAUUAUCUACGCUGGUGAAGAGCGGCGUUCCAGAAGCGCUAAGGGCAGAGGUUUGGCAGUUGCUGGCAGGGUGCCAUGACAACCAGGCAAUGUUGGAUAAAUACAGACUUCUCAUCACAAUGGAUUCUGCUCAAGAGAGCGUCAUUACCCGAGAUAUUCAUCGUACGUUUCCAGCACAUGAUUAUUUCAAAGAUACAGAAGGAGACGGUCAGGAAUCUCUAUACAAAAUCUGUAAGGCCUACUCUGUCUAUGAUGAAGACAUUGGCUACUGUCAGGGACAGUCUUUCCUCGCAGCUGUGCUGCUGCUUCAUAUGCCAGAGGAGCAAGCAUUCUGUGUGCUGGUGAAAAUAAUGUAUGACUAUGGCUUGAGGGACCUCUACAGAAAUAACUUUGAAGAUCUCCAUUGCAAAUUUUUCCAGCUGGAGAAGUUAAUGCAGGAGCAGUUACCUGACUUGUAUAGCCAUUUCUCAGACCUGAAUUUGGAAGCUCAUAUGUAUGCGUCCCAGUGGUUUCUCACUCUUUUUACUGCCAAGUUUCCGCUCUGCAUGGUCUUCCACAUCAUUGACUUACUGCUCUGUGAGGGUCUGAACAUUAUCUUUCAUGUUGCCUUGGCUCUCCUAAAGACCUCAAAAGAGGACCUUUUACAAGCUGAUUUUGAAGGAGCUUUAAAAUUCUUCAGGGUGCAGUUGCCCAAAAGGUACAGAGCCGAGGAGAACGCUCGAAGACUGAUGGAGCAAGCUUGCAACAUUAAGGUGCCGACGAAAAAGCUGAAGAAGUAUGAGCGAGAGUACCAAGCGAUGCGGGAAAGCCAGCUGCAAAAGGAGGACCCCAUGGACAGAUACAAGAGGGAAAACCGCAGGCUCCAAGAAGCUAGCAUGAGGCUGGAACAGGAGAACGAUGACCUUGCACAUGAACUUGUAACAAGCAAAAUCGCCUUACGAAACGACUUGGACCAGGCUGAAGACAAAGCAGAUGUCCUGAACAAGGAACUUCUCCUGACCAAACAGAAACUAGUGGAGACUGAGGAAGAGAAACGGAAGCAGGAAGAAGAAACUGCUCAGUUGAAGGAGGUCUUCAGGAAGCAGCUAGAGAAGGCAGAAUCUGAGAUUAAGAAAACCACAGCCAUUAUUGCAGAGUAUAAACAGAUUUGUUCCCAGCUGAGUACCAGGCUGGAAAAACAGCAGGCAGCCAGUAAAGAUGAGCUGGAAGUUGUGAAGGGUAAAGUGAUGGCCUGCAAACACUGCAGUGAGAUUUUCAGUAAGGAAGGGGCACUGAAGGUGCCUGCUGUAAGCAGGGAGAAUCAAGAAAUAGAAGCAGAUGAUGAGAAGGAUGCGCUCACAAAGCAGCUGAGAGAGAUGGAGCUGGAGCUUGCACAGACCAAACUGCAGCUUGUGGAAGCCAAGUGCAAAAUUCAGGAGCUGGAGCACCAGAGAGGAGCCCUUAUGAAUGAAAUCCAAGCUGCCAAAAACUCUUGGUUUAGCAAAACCCUGAACUCUAUCAAAACCGCCACAGGCACACAGCCACCACAGCAGCCUCAGCCACCUCUGCCGCCCAAAGAGAGCAGUACAUAGUUCCAGCCAGAGCCCUGAUACAAGAGCACAAAGAACAACAUAACUCGAACCCUGGAGGAUUCUUCCAGUGGUCUCCCCUCUUGGGGAAAGGACAAAAGGCAGGAGUGCAGGCUUGAAGUGAAAUUCUUUGGUGUUUUUCAUUCGUUCUGAUGUGACCCUUUUCAGAGGGAAAUAAAAAAGAAAAUCCCGUUUUAUGUUGAAUUCCUAUUUCCCAACUGCAUUGCUGAAAGCCACGAUCUGAUACCUUCAUACUUUUACAGUUUAUUUUAUAUGACUAGAUGUUAAAAUGAAUAAAUAAUUCCAAACUAGGUCUUUAAUACAUGACUAAUUACUCAAAAUUAUUUUUAUCUUGCAUAAAAGGUUUUUUUCUUCUGGAGGAGAGAGAACAGAGAAUGUAAAGUACUGAGGCAUAGUCUCUUCACAGAAAGCACAGUGUAAUAAGUACUAGUGUGUGUGCGGGUGUCAAGGAUAACUCAUGCCCUGGGACCAGCUCAGAAGUUUAUUGCUGUGACUGUGUCCUGCAGAGAAGCACUUUUUGUAAAGCUUAGGCCAUAGCAAAGAUAGUCUUGUGCUCUCUUGGCACAAUUGUUUGAGCUUCCCUGAUAAUUUCAUAGUUUCGAUUUGUUUUUUCUUCGGAAAUGCAAGUAGUGCAGUUCUUCGUAGCACUGAGUAGCACUGCUGUUUAAAUGCUAUUAGCAGCUGAACUGGAAUUUAACAGAAAAUUAUUUAGUUCCCCUUUUUUUUUUUUAAUUUCAUUUUAUACUUAUUCCAAGAUAUAAUUCCUUCCCUUGGGAGAAAGGGAAAACUAUUGUGUGUGUGUUUGGCUGUUGGGUUGUUUUUUUGUUGUUGUUGUUGUUUUUUUGUGUUUUUUUUUGUUUUUGCCAAGAAGCAGAGUGUAGACCUUGCAUAGAUUUGACUUUUUGUAAAUCCUGUGCAAUAAAGGGUAGGUUUUAUGAACAAAAUUAAUGACAAAGUUUUCCCUGGGUCUAUAGUCAAGUUUUGAAUUUGACACAGAAAUGAGGUAAUAAAUAAAUAAAUAAAACAAAAGGUUUUUGCUGCACUGCUGAAUAAAACAUCACAGAAACAAGAUCUGUUUGCUGUAAGUGUUUGGUUAGGAAAUGCUAUGUUGGUGUGUUACUUAUUUCUAUAAAUAUAGAAAUUUUCACAUGGAAUACAAACACCUAGACUCUUCCCAUGGGAUAGGCUUCUCUGAUUCCCAAAGCUGUCUGAUUGUUUUGGAUCUCUAAAGUAAGAAAAUUCGAAGGCAUUUGUUUUGACUAAACGUGUUUACGGAAAUACUUAUUUCAUGGAAAACUAAACCAUUGCUUGAACUGGUGAGAAUAUAUAUAUUUUUUCAAUUAUAUCUGACAUGUCUAGAAGAAGGUCUUGCAGGUGAAUAUCAUUGCUGGACAGAAGGUUGUGCAUUAAGCUUUCCAUUUACAAAAUUGUUCCAGGGCCUUUUUAAUUCUAAGGAAUACCAUAUCUUGGCAGUUUUGUACAAUAAAAUUUAAUGAUACUCCUCUUGUGCUUUAUUGUCAAGCAUAAUUGUGAAUUAUUUUAAACAGGGUAGUACAAAUUUAAUGCUUAUGUGUGCCAAAUGGAUCGUUCUGAAAGGCAGUCAGCUGUUUGAAGUGGAGAUCAAAAUAGCAUCACUAUUCUGACACAACUCUCCUGCAACGUGACAAUGCAGAUUCUGUCUCCUAAGAGUAAGGAGUUAAAAUUCUUAGUCUUUAUAAACUUACUUGCAAGAACAGUGAUUAUGUGGAAAAAGCAGGAUUCUGUUGUGCAAGUACAACAGAGAUCUUUUUCUUUCCCAAGUCACUUUCAUGCUAAUAACCUUUGCAUAAAUGUUUCCAUUAUGUGGAAUGUCUAAACCUUGCAAUAUUAUUUCGCUUAUCAGUACCAAGUCACACUUGAAAUAAGCUAUGUAAUAAAGUGGAAGUGACAUUUAAGAAUACCUGCUCAACCUUUCAUUGUUACAUUUGAGAGCAUGGUGUUGAUGAGAGCCACUGAUGGUUUGACAAGUGUCCAGGUUUCUCAUUUAAUUUGACUUAAAUCAUACUCGCAAAUGGAUUUAAAACCUUGACUGGAAAAAUGCAGUAAUAAUCAAAGAUUAAGACUUAUGGUUCCCUGAGCAGCUGAGCUAAGGUAACAACUCACUGCUGCUGAAAGAUCUUACUACUUCCACUCCCUCUUGUACAGUCCUGUCCUUCCCUUGUUCUGGCCCACACUGGAGAUGAUUUAAAAAAAAAAAAAAAAAGUGGGUGGAUUUCUAAAACUUUUUUUUUUUGGCUAAUAAGCUUUUUCCAAGUUAUUAAGUUAACCCUUCUUAAAGGGCCCAAUGAGUGCAAGAGCAUAAGAGGAGAACGGGAGCAGGACUUUCCCAGUUCAUCCAAAGAAAGCUGUUAAGUAAGCUCACUAUGUCUCAUGGAAUCAUAGCUUUGACAUGACUUCUUUCUCAGUGUAGCAGCUCUCUGACUUUAGAAGUUUCUGUGACAAAAACACGUUUGGUACCUGCUACCCAGGAUGAGUCUGAACACUUGUGGGAGUGGAAGCUAGCUUUCCUUGUGCCUCGCGUAUCAGCAAAAUAAGUUUCAGAAGGCAACAGCUGAAUCAUCUCUCUUGGCAAUGACAAAGGCAGUAAAAAAUUUUCACCUUUCAUCUGUAGUUGCCAGGUAGUGUUUGUAGCAGACGCAUUGGGAAAAGUAAUAUUUAUAUUUGGAAGCCGAGUUGUCAUAAAAUUAUUGAAAGAAUAAGUGAAAUAGCUCUGUGGCAUUUCCAGAGUAAUUUUCUAGAUGAAUAAGAAUAGUUCAGAAAUGCAGAAAGUAACAAGACUGAAGGAUUAAAACAGGCAAGCUACAGCUCUACCUAAAAUUCUACCUGUUGACUGUACCUACUAUUAUGAUAUUAAGUUUCCUAUGAGAUAAAUAUUUGGGUUUUAAUUAACCCUUUCAGACCUGAAUGACAGCGCUACAUACCUUCUGAAAAGUACAUGUAUCCCAGAGUGACUAAUCUAUCUGGGAUAGCUGGCUCUGUGCGUGUUUAGCUUUUCAGUAGGAAACUUCAUUAAAUCAAAGUCUACCUGAAACUGCUACAUUCGUGUGGCACUGGAAUAACUAGCAUAGCUCUCAUGUCUGGAGUGAUUCCUAUUUUUUUCAAUCUGAGUCAGUAUCAAACUAUGUGUCCACAUCAAACUUAUAUUAAAAGUAAUUUGUAUAUAUAUGAACUAAUAUAUAUAAUGUAUAUAUUAGUUUAUAUUAAUAUAAAUCUUAAUUAAAUCUUGCUUUUUACUUUUAUUGAGAAUGCAUACUUUUGAAAUAAGGCCUUUACUUUGAUUAGGUGCAAACUUCCAAAGGAUAUUUUUAAGUACAACUGUUGAUCUUGUUGGAUUCUAAUCUGUUCCUGAGAUGCCCAAUACGGAAAGAAUUUUUUGUUUUUCACUUUAAGAAGUUGAUUUUACUUUGACUGUAAAACUCUACAGGAUAAAUAAAGCAAGGUUGAUUUAGUUACAUGGUAGAUCUGUGAACUAGUCUUUUAUUAUCUUUGUGAAUCAAACAUGAUACUCUAAAAUAAUAGUGCUGGCUUCACUUAAUUUAACAAAUUAUAAUUUUAUCCAGACGGAAUGAACCAACAAAAUAAAAAUGUCACUGCCUAGCUUUAAUCCAAGAAAUGGCAAAUUCCAUCAGGUCCGUAUGCAUUAAUGUCUAGUAAAACUAGUAUCUGGAAAGGUGGUCAGCCAUGUAAUCAGUACUGCCAGCUGACAAACAUAUCCUCCUUGUCCUGCCCAUUAAUUAGUUUAUUUUCUAAUUUGCUACACCUAAGUUGCAUAUUAGGUGAGCAUUUUUUUUUUUCCUGUUAGAAGUUUGAAAAGACUUUUUGGUUGGCCCUUGAAGUUUCUUUUAAGGUAGAUGCUUUCACCUGUGCCACUGGGAUGUAAACAAAGUAAAAACAGAGGGAGAGGGAGAGGGGAAAAAAGCUGUUAGGUUUCUUCUUUCAUUAGGAAAAGAAAGUCAAGCACAGCAAAAAUUCAGAUGCCUUGAGAAACCAUUGGCUUCAGAGGCAGGAUGUCACUCAAUAACUAAAUGGGACAAUUACAUUGGGAGUAAAUAAUAAUCUAACUUUACUGAAACUAAAGUAUCAAGACUUAAAAACUAUGUAAGAAAGUCACGCUUUUCCACAGUUCUCCACAGGAAACUGGUACGGGUGAGUUCCCUUCCUUAUACUAAGUAGUUGCAUUGAAAUCCAAGAAACUACUCAUAUAUGUGGGAGAACUUUACCUCUUAUUUUCAUUAUUAAACUGUUAGACUCAGGGAUAUUUGGCACACGUCCGCAUAAUCUAAUAAGCCUAAAUACCUUUGGCAAUGAAAACAAGAACUCUCUUGUGUUACAUAACGCUAAAUUUUUUUCCCAACUGCUGAGAGAAAACCUGAAUGCAUGUCAUUUUCAGAACGUGAAGAUCAGGGCAGAGAUUUUUAUGGGAAGACUGAAUGACUGUUCUAAUGGAUGGUUGCUUGUCAACCAGGAGAGCUACCCUGCUAAAGGGGCUGUUGUACCAACAGCUGGCUUCACAAGACAUGUCACACUGUGUAUAUCCAGGGCUGUGAGUAUACGCAGAACCAGACAUCACUUUGUUCUUGCAAACAUGAAGGCUUGAACUAAAGUCUUUUCCUGUCUAUUAUGCUAAGAUCCUACUGGGAGCUGUCCCAUGACCUCCUUCCACAUAAUACUAAAGGGAGACACAAUGAAGCACUGAUUUGGGGCCUUUAAGUUAAAACAAAUAUACAUCACAGCACCCUUUAAAACUGGGCUACACUAGAUGGCAUUUAGAGAAAGUCAAAUACUUUGGAACUGGAUCACUAACUCUCAGCAUUGACCAAGAGCCGAUCUUUCCCAACUCAGAAGUCUACAUAAUUUAUUUCAGGAUCAUGACUUAACACAUACAGGUUUUUCUUCCAGGAAUACAGGGCUCUCUCUUUCAUUCUGCAUUUCCACUGCUUUGCUACUGAAUGUAUUUCAUGCUAUUUUUACCUUAAAAAAGAAAAGGUAGAAAGUUAGAACAUUACUUCCUCUUAUUUUCUUAUUCAGUGGGACUUGCUUUUAUUUAACCUGUAAAGGAAUAUAUAUGUAUCUUUGGAAAACUAUAUCUUAUAUAUAGAAUAAUAUAUAGGAAACUGAACAACAAGGGGAUAAAUACAUCAAAAGGAUUUGGUAUCAUAAGUUUCGUUUGUGAUUUGAUACCACCAGAAUCCUGAGCUGUACUAAUUUCCUUUCAGUUUCUCUUAUUUUUGUAUUUUAUAUAAUACAUGGAUGCUACUACCAAUGUAGCAGAUGUUCUCAGGUUUUUUUCUCCAGAUCCCAGUUCCUUCCUUCUGGUAAUUCCCAGGGCUGCAUUGGGUACAGCCACCAUUUUCAAAAGCUGUACCAGGAAUUCCCUUGGGACUGUUGCUUUCUCAGUGUAAGAAGAUUCUUUAUGGCUUGUUCAAACAGCAAAAAGAUGGUGAGCGAAAGCAGAAAUGGAUCUAAGCAAAUACAAUUUGGAGUCAGAUCCCUCCCGUUCUGUGAUUCAAGGUUGAUUCACUUCACAAUGCUGAAAAUAAAGACCAGCUUCAAAGCUGUGAUCCACAAUGAUAUUUUUCUGGGUUUGGGGUUAUUCAGGCAAAGUUUGUUAUCUGGGCCUGUCCCUAGUUCAUAAAAACACACUUUGCUAAAGGGUUAGGGGGGAAAAAAAAAAAAAGAAUCACGGUGAUGUGAGACCUUUAACUGAGAACAAUCCAAUACUGCCAGUUCUUGUGCAACAAAUCUAUGUAUUAUAUAAAGUAUAAUAUGGACAUAUAAGUGUAAUGCUUGUUAUUAAAAGUGCAAUUUAAUGUACAUGGUCACAACAAAUGUUUACUUUUUUAAUUGUUACAGAAUUGUUUGGAUCAGUACCUUGUUAUCAUUGUGUGAACGAUGCCUUGUAAAAUAAAUGGAA